AUGAGGCGAGUCAUCAAAAUAAUGGAAAAUUGUUUUUCACAGGAUGAAAAGAUUCCCCCAGAAGGCAUGCUGUUUUCUUACAGAGGUAUUUUAUACCCUGCUACACUUAGCAGCCCAGAAACUUUGGAAGCUGAAAUCAGGAGAGAUGAUGUGAUUCUAGCAGGCUAUCCUAAAACAGGAACCAAUUGGCUUGACCAAAUGGUGAGGGAGUUGGAAUCAACAGAUGCCAAAUAUACAGAAGAAGAAAUGAAAGACACAAUAAAUGCUGAAAAGAAGUUAGAGCCAUUUCCAUAUCUAGAAAUUGGAGAUCCUGGAACAUAUGAGAGGAUGAAGAAACUGCCUUCCAGAAGAAUCAUAGUAACCCAUCUGCCACCUCAUCUCCUGCCCCCAUCCAUUCUCCAAAGCAAGGCUAAGAUCCUUGUGCUAGUUUGGAACCCUAAAAACAUGGCUGUCUCCUAUUACUGCUUCUACAACAACAUGCCAGUGCUGCCAUCCUUCACCUCCUGGUAUGGGUACUUCGCAGCUUUCAUGAAUGGGAAAUUGGCCUGGGAAUCCUACUUUGACCACUUAGUAGAAUGCAACAAAUACAUUGGCCACCAGAGGAUCAUGAUGAUAAGCUACAAGGAACUCAAAGAGAAUCAGAUGCUGGGAAUGAGAAGGGUAGCUGAAUUCCCUCGGUCUCCUUGA